AUGCAGAGAACCAGUUCCGGCAGGCAGUCGCGACACAAAGACGGGCCAACAGACGGGCCCGUAAAAGCGGGGCUAAAGCGGAGGGCGGAUAAGGUUGGACAUGCUGAUUGGCUGCUGUGCGAUGCGGCACCGUUGGGCCUGCAGCAGCGGCUUGGUAGCGUUUUGGCCAUGGAAUUGGCAAUUGGAAUUAGUCGGCGGCCAAGCCAGACCGCCGACUCGUGCGGCCUUCCUUAUCAGGACUGCGGACCUAGCAGGCCAGCCAACAGCGUGUUACCAUCCCCACGCCACCGAGAGGAAGAUCCUAUCUACGGAGCGUGUCGUGAAAGAGCCAAUACGGACAAGGGCGUCUGGAAAACCAGGCUCGCUGGUCCGAGCCUGGAUCCACGGCUAGAGGACCCCCUGUCUAUCCACCCCAUGCCGUUCUGGCGUGGUACGGCAUGGAGCUUGCCACCGUCGUCCGAGUCGAGCAGAACGGAGAUACAGCCAGCGGCGAGAGAUAGACUGAUAAGACAGAUAACAACCGCCAGGAUGAAGAAGCCAGACACGACCGUCCUCAAGCAGAGGUUCACCUCGGUGAAGGCAUGGGAGCUGCCGAAGCAGUCGGGGUCGCUGGCGCCGCCAGAUGUAUAUUCCAACAGCGACAUGGACCCGACGCCGCUCGAGGAGCAGACCUGGACGGUCUGGAGCAUCCUCGCGUACUGGGCGACAGACGUGGUCAACCUGGGCACGUGGGAGACGGCAUCGUCGAUCGUGUCGGCCGGGCUGUCGUGGCGCGAGGCCAUUCCAUGCAUGGUGGUCGGGACCUUUGCCGUGGCCAUUCCGAUGGUGCUGAACGGAGCGAUCGGAGCGAAGCUGCACGUGCCCUUUUCAGUCAUCACGUCGUCCUCAUUCGGCUACUACCUGCGCUACUUCUGCAUCUUCUCGCGCUGUGUCCUGGCCAUGUUCUGGCUCGGCAUCCAGGGUGCCAACGGAGCCCAGUGUCUGACGGUGAUGCUGACGGCCCUGGCGCCCUCGUAUGCGCGGAUUCCGAACCGGCUGUCGGCCUCGUCCGGUAUCACGACCCAGGGCAUGUGCUCGUACUUUCUCUUCUGGAUCAUUCAGCUGCCGCUGCUGCUGAUCAAGCCGACCCAUCUGCGCUACGUCUUCCUCGUCAAGAUGGUGGCCGCGCCCGUGGCUGCGCUCGCGAUGCUCGGCUGGUGUGUUCAUCGGGCCGGUGGCGGUGGUGAGAUCUUCAAGCUGCGUGCCGAGGUCAGCGGGUCGACAUAUGCCUGGCUGUGGCUGUCGUGCAUGACGUCCGUGACCGGCUCCUGGUCCACGCUCGCCUGCAACAUCCCCGACUUCACCCGCUAUGCCCGUGAUCCCCGUGGCCAGUACUUCCAGCUGCCCUUUAUGCCCAUCAUCUUCACCGUCUGCGGCCUGCUCGGCAUCAUCACCACCUCGGCCACCAAGGUCAUCACGGGCAAGUAUCUCUGGAACCCGCUCGACAUCAUCUCGCUCUGGCUCGACAUGGGCUCCGGUGGCCGCUGUGCUGCCUUCUUCUCCGCCCUGGCCUGGUUCAUCGCCCAGGUCGGCACCAACAUCACGGCCAACUCCAUCUCGGCCGCCAACGAUCUGACCGUGAUGUUCCCGCGCUGGAUCAACAUCCGCCGUGGCUGUGUCAUCGCCGCCAUCAUCUCCGGCUGGGUCAUGGUGCCGUGGAAGAUUCUCAGCUCGGCCACCAAGUUCCUGAGCUUCAUGAGCGGAUAUUCUGUCUUCCUCGCUCCCAUUGCGGGCAUCAUGGUCGCCGACUUCUGGCUCAUCAAGCGCGGCCACAUCGACCUGCCGGCCCUCUAUGACCCUCAUGGCCGGUACCGCUACUACAAGGGCUGGAACUGGCGCGCUGCGGCCGCCUUCCUCAUCCCUGUCGCCCCCCUGCUACCUGGUCUCGGCGAGAGCAUCAGUGGCGACUCGGCCGUCCACAUCAGCGCCGGUGCCAAGCAUCUCUACACCUUCAACUGGCUCUUCGGCUUCGUCACCUCCAUCUUCCUCUACACCGUCUUCAGCCUGGCCUUCCCCGAAAAGGCCUCGCUGCUCAAGGACACCAUCUGGGCCAAGGACAGCACCGCCAUCGACGGCGUGAUCGACGCUAGCGAUGUCGAGCACAACAGCGACUUUGGCCACCACAAGACCACCAUGGCGGACAGCACCAUGGAGACCAAGGAGGUCUCGGUCUGA